GGAGGCCAGAGGUCGCUCUGCGCCGCCGCGAACUGUGCUGGAGUCUGUGAUACGGCGUCUGCGGCCAGGGAUAUUUCUGUCUGUGCAACAGAACUCCCCAUCGCCCGCGUUCCGCAGCCUCCCGGGACCAUGGUGGCCCGCCUGCUACUGCGUGCCUGGCCGCGGGGCCCUGCCGUGGGUUUGGGCGCGCCCCGCCGGCCCCUGAGCGCCGACUCCGGGCGGGGCCAGUUCCUGCAGCGCAGCAUCGUGCCCACUAUGCACUACCAGGACAGCUUGCCAAGGCUGCCUAUUCCCAAACUUGAAGACACCAUUAGGAGAUACCUCAGUGCGCAGAAGCCUCUCUUGGAUGAUGAGCAGUUCAGGAAAACGGAAGAACUUUGCAAGAGUUUUGAAAAUGGGAUCGGACAAGAACUGCACAAGCAGCUGGUUGCUCAGGACAAGCAGAAUAAACACACGAGCUACAUUUCAGGCCCCUGGUUUGAUAUGUACUUAACUGCUCGAGACCCCAUUGUCCUGAACUUUAACCCAUUUAUGGCAUUCAACCCUGACCCGAAGCCUGAGUAUAAUGACCAGCUCACCCGAGCAACCAACAUGACCGUGUCUGCCGUCCGCUUUUUGAAGACGUUCCGGGCCGGCCUUCUGGAGCCGGAAGUGUUUCACCUGAACCCUGUCAAAAGUGACACUGAUACCUUCAAGAGACUCAUACGCUUUGUGCCUUCCUCUCUGUCUUGGUAUGGUGCCUACUUGGUCAAUGCAUAUCCACUGGAUAUGUCCCAGUAUUUUCGGCUUUUCAAUUCAACUCGUUUACCCAGACCCAGUCGGGACGAACUCAUCACUGAUGAGAAGGCCAGGCACCUCCUGGUCCUGAGAAAAGGAAACUUCUAUGUCUUUGAUGUCCUGGAUCAAGAUGGGAACAUUGUGAGCGCCUCUGAAAUCCAGGCCCAUCUGAAGUACAUUCUCUCGGACAAUAGCCCUGCCCCUGAGUUCCCACUGGCGUAUCUGACCAGUGAGAACCGAGAUGUGUGGGCAGAGCUCAGACAGAAGCUAGAGAGUGGCGGCAAUGAGGAGGCCCUGAGGAAGGUGGACUCUGCCGUGUUCUGCCUCUGCCUAGAUGACUUCCCCAUUAAGGACCUUGUCCACUUGUCCCACAACAUGCUGCAUGGUGAUGGCUCAAACCGCUGGUUUGAUAAAUCCUUCAACCUCAUUAUAGCCAAGGACGGCACUGCCGCUGUCCACUUUGAGCACGCUUGGGGCGAUGGUGUCGCAGUGCUCAGGUUUUUCAAUGAAGUGUUUAAAGACAGCACUCAGGCCCCUGCCAUCAUCCCGCAGGGCCAGCCGGCCAGCACAGACUCUUCCGUGGCGGUGCAGAAACUCCAGUUCAGGCUGAAUGAUGCCUUAAAGACUGGCAUCAGCGCUGCCAAGGAGAAGUUCGAUGCCACCAUGAAAACCCUCACCAUUGACUCCAUCCAGUUUCAUAGAGGAGGCAAAGAAUUCUUGAAGAAGCAGAAGCUGAGCCCUGACUCAGUGGCCCAGCUGGCCUUCCAGAUGGCCUUUUUGCGGCAGUACGGCAAGACGGUGGCCACGUAUGAGUCCUGUAGCACUGCAGCAUUUAAGCAUGGGCGCACCGAGACCAUCCGCCCCGCCUCCGUCUUCACGAGGAGGUGCUCUGAGGCCUUCGUCAGGGAGCCCUCCAAGCACAGCGCAGGGGAGCUUCAGCAGAUGAUGGCUGAGUGCUCCAAAUACCACAGCCAGCUGACCAGAGAAGCAGCCAUGGGCCAGGGCUUUGACCGACACUUAUUUGCUCUGCGGUACCUGGCAGCAGCCAAAGGGGUUGCCCUGCCUGAGCUGUAUCUGGACCCUGCAUACAGGCAGAUAAACCACAACAUCUUGUCCACAAGCACGCUGGCCAGUCCAGCAGUGAACAUUGGCGGCUUUGCCCCCGUGGUCCCUGAUGGCUUUGGCAUUGCGUAUUCUGUUAAUGACAACUGGAUGGGCUGCAAUGUCUCCUGCUACCCAGGCCGCAAUGCCCGGGAGUUUCUCCAGUGUGUGCACAAGGCCUUAGAAGACAUGUUUGAUGCCAUGGAAAGUAAAUCCAUCAAAACUUAGCUACUGGGCAGGUUAAGAGCCCCCAUCACUUCAUCUACAUGAAAAUUAAAGCCCUUGUAGCCAAUAGGUGCUAUUCUGUGACUAAUGAAAGGAAUCAUGAGGUGCCUGUGCAGCCUGAGCUUUCAAGUCAUGUGGUUUUAAAGCUAAACAUGUAACUUCUAAGUGGACUUAGAUCACAAUGAAAAAUAAUGUGAGAUUUCAAUUUUAUGGGUAUUUGGUCAGGAGGUAGAAUUUGGAAAAAUAACUCAGGAUAUUUAUUGUUGAAGCAGAAAUAAAAUUUAAUUGUUGCUUGGAGAUUUUUUUUUUUUUUAACCUAAUUUCCUAAUCUCUACGAAGAACUUUCCAACAAUAAAUUCAAUAGGCUCAGGAAGUUCCCAUUGGCUCCUGGCUCUUCUGGUGAUGGUGGGAGACGCUGUAUCAUGUUCCCUGUACAUUUGCUGCUUUGUCCUGGGACAUCCUCUCUUUAAAAAUCCUCUUUAUUUUUCUGAAUGAAUUGCUGAUGCUCGAUUCAGAUAGUACUGCAAUGAAAGUUAUUCCCAUGGAUUUAGGGAUUUGUACUUUACUAGUCUUCCAGACAAAUGAAGAUUUAUAAUUGGUGUGUAUUUAUUUAAACCAGUUGAAUCUUACGUGCUAAUCAUGGCCUGAUGCACAAGUGAUCACUUUGUACAUUUUGCACUUGAAACUUGUCCAUUGAGUGACGUGAUCAUAGAAUUUUAACAAUUUACUGGUAGAACACUGCUGUAACAUGAAAGGAAGGGUGGUGUUAUUUUUUUGAAAAGGAAAGGUUUUUGUUGGUGUUUAAUUUUAUCUGCACUCCCAGUGGCUUGCCCAGUGAGUUACUGGACAGCUGGGAUUUGAAUUCUGGUGUGAGCCAGGCACCACGCACUUCCCAUGCACUGCCUCAUCCAGUCCUCCUUAUAGUUCACGCACACGUGCCUGCAUGUCCUCUCACCCGACUCCACCCACUCUUCACUCGGUGAUUAUUUAACGAAUAACCAGCAGGUACCAGGUCCUCUGCAUUCGGUGGUCUGAUCAGAUGCGCGAGGACUGCCAGCGCACACGAAACAGUGCGGCUCUCACUCAUGAACCACGAUCAGGGACACCCGAGUGCCCGGUGUCCUCGUUCUGCCAGGUCCUUGCUUUGUGACCACAAGUUAUUUUGCCUCUCCAGACUGUGAGUUCUGUAACACGAGGGCAAUUCCGGAAACACGGGUGUGGAAUGAGCUGUAGCGAUACAGGUAAAGCAUGUUCAUCCACUCUCAUCUUCCACUGUCCCCACUUCUAGCAGCUCUGCCUUCUGCUACUACAAGAUGGCAGACUGAGGUCCUAAAGUGUGGGGCAGGGAACUGAAUUCCGGGGUGAUGAGGGCAGGGCUCAGAAGAAACGCACCACUGUGUUGACUAACCUCAUUGAGGAGCAAUGUCCGAGCUAAAGUGCACUCGUUUUCACAUGGAGAAAAUGGGGUCCUGAGAGGAAAAGUACUUGUGCAGGGGUGUGCAGCAAGUCAGACACUGAGCCCAAUGCCCUUCUAUUCAAACACACUGCGAUACCAAAGCACUCAAAACAGCUAACCUUGGAACAGACUCGUGUGUGUGGAGUGAAGUAGGGGCCCAAUUUUAUUCUAUUGUAGAAGGGUAACACAACUAGCCCAGCACUUUAUGGAUGAGUUAAUAAUUUCCCCACUGAUCUGCAGCAUCAGCUGUCAUUGACCAGUCUUCGUACGUACACGGGUCUGUUUGUACCAGAGUGCCAAAACUACGCUGACUUAAUUGCUACUGUUCUGAGUGUGUUGUGUCUGGUAGAGGCAGUCUCCCACCUGUGUUGUAUCAUCGAUUUCAGAAUAAAGUUCUGUUUAAAAAGAAAA